GCUCUUACGACAUGCGUUCACACUGCAUUCCACUUGUAGUUGUAGUUGUUGCGUGCAGAGCAUACAGAAGUUCCGCGCACUAGCUACUUCACACAGAUCAGGUUUUCCAGUCAAGUGUUGUCCUCGCUGCAGCUGCAUUACAUUACAUUUCUUCGUCUCCCUUUUGAGCGUAUUAUUCUGAAAGGUGCGAGAGGAGAGAACAAGUGACUGGGCACGUUGAAAGCGAGAACUCAUCCCCCGGAAAUGCCAAUAGAAAAAAAACAACGACAAGCAUAAGCAUAUAAAGCGCAUGCAUAAAGAAAGCAACUAAAGCGCAAUGCGAUCAAGUUGAAGAACAUAACGAAAACAGAAAACAACGCAUAAGAAGCCGUGUGCCAGAGCGAGAGGGAGGACAGUUUGGAGUGCAGAACUAAAUCAAUGCAGCUUUUUCGCACUGGAGCAGCCGCACACAUACAUACACAGCCAAACACAACAGACGCACACACACACACACACACACACAGACGCACACCUAAUCUUUGGCACAAAUUUCUGAAUGGAAUAAUUAUGUUGUGAUGGGCUCGUGCUCGUGUACACGGCGACACUUUCUGUUGUCAACAUGCUUCCUGCAAAUGAUAACGAUUAUCGAACGCCAGGUAUUCGAUUUUCUCGGAUACAUGUGGGCGCCCAUAUUGGUCAACUUCUUUCAAAUACUGUUUAUCAUAUUCGGCUUCUAUGGCGCAUAUCAUUUUAGAAUCAAAUACAUCAUAACCUAUUUACUAUGGAACUUUGUUUGGAUCGGCUGGAAUGCGUUUUUAAUAUGCUUCUAUUUGAAUGUCGGCAGCCUGGAUAGGGAUAGCGAUCUGCUCAAUAUGGGCACUGGCAGCGUUUCCUGGUUCGAGGCGAACGGCUAUGGCUGCAAGCCCACCUACAAUAUCACCUCGGACGAUCCGUAUCGGCCAUUGCGCCCGGAACGCGUCGAGGAUUGUCUAUUGGACUACCCGCUCGUCGAGGUCAUACACUCGGGCGCACAGUGCGCGCUGGCGCUGCUGGGCAUACUUGGCGCGAUUCUGAUCAGCUGCAUAUUUCUCGAUGAGGACGACAGAUUCGAUUUCAUGAACGGCGACGCGAAGAGUCCACAGCACACCGUCGUCCAUCCAAUGUACGUGAGCUAUACAAGUAUACCAACAACAUCCGCAAGCGCCACAAUGCAAUCAAAUAAACAGACGCAGACGCAAACGCAGUCGCAGUCGCAGCAGCAACAGCAACAAUAUUCACUGCAAUUCUAUCAUCAACACAGACACAAAUCGAGCAACCACAACUACAACAACAACAACAACAACAAUAGCAACAACAAUAGCUACAAUAACACACUCAACCAGCCACAGCCACAGCCACAGCCAGACACAGCAAAUAACCCACAUUUAACCCACACAAGUGGCAGCAACAAGUCGCAGACUCGCCAUCAGCCACAUCCUCAGCAGCCGCCACCCAAUGAGAGCCAGCAGCGCCGGCGUCUCUAUCAGAGCAGAUCACCCGCUUUGAACUCUGUCAGUCCCAUGUCCGUUUCGGCACAGACCACGCCCUCGCUGUCCUACGCCUCGCUGCAGAACUCGAAUCCGCAGCUGAGCAACAGCAACUAUAGCAUCUUUCAUGCUGCUGUCGAUAAUUCGGGCAGCGGUCAUUUUGCGCGCAUCCAUCACAAGCCGAAGGCGCCCAAAUCUCUGCCAGAUGUGAAGCAUACACAGCUGGCUUUGGCGCGCUUGUCGCGCAAUCUGGAGGAGGAUGAGGAUAGCUUUUCGCUGCCGCAUUUGUCGCCCGAUGGCGUCAGCUAUGUGCCCUUCCAGAGUCCCACGCCCGAGAAUAAUAACUUGGCAUUCGGUUCCGUUCAAGAACCACAAAUCCCGUCUAGUCCCAAUAACAAUCAUUAUACUUCAUAUGAACAGCAUGUUGGCCUGUUGGGCUAUUCGCCCAAGUUGCUGCGCGGCGUGCCACGCCCCACUCAGAUAGCGCUGCCCACGGUGCCCGUGCACAAUUGUGACCAUGUGGAGCCGCCACUGGAGACGGCAUUGUCGCUGUCGCUGUCACCGCCGCCGGCGCCGCGUCCGCAUAUUUUCCAGCCGCGUCUGGGUCAGGCGCCCUAUCCGGAUCUCUCGCCCGAAAUAGCCGAGAAAUAUGCCAUGCCCACACAGCAUGUGUCUGCCGCCGGCUCGCCCAUGGUGCGACGCAGCCAGCGUCGACCACGUCCGCAUCCGGCACCGGCGAAUUUCUGCGAUCAAAUACGCGACACUCCGCCCGGCUACAUGGUGCGCACGCACAGCGAUGAUCAGCUGGAGGAGCAGCUGCAGCAGCAGGCGGCGCCGCAUGUCAAUCGUCGCAGCGGCCGCAAGGCUCGCCCGCGCUCCUUCUGCAACUCGAUUGUGGGCUCCCAGGCCUAGCUGGUACCAAUUCCAACAGAUCCUCAAUGCUGCAUUCCACUUGAUUAGUGACCAAAUCUUAUAGACUUUUAGAGAUUCUCCAGCGGCGGCUGCUGCUCACGCGAUCCGCAAACCUUAUUUGUUGCCGAACCGAAGCUGAAGCUCUCCUCGUCUCUCUUCCGCUCUCUGUCUCACACGAACUCUCUUUGACUCAAGUAGGUCCAGCUUCUAUACAUAUAUAAACUCACUCUCUCUCUCUCUCUCUCUCUUUGUCUGACUCUCUUAAUAUAUCUAUAUAUAUAUAUAUCUAUACUGCGGGUGCUGGGCGAUGUGCCGCUUGUGUCCCAUGUGUUGUCCAUACUAACUAACUGUAUAUUACAUUUAGUACAUGUUGUCGUCUUUGUUGUGGCUAACAUAACUUUUUACGCAUAUUACGAUUUACGAGUUCGUUAAAUAGGAACACUAGAGCAUAGUACACAAAACACACUUUGGGUGCAAUGCAAGUCCAAGGAACACCAGAUAAAGCACUUUGAUUGAACAAACUGUUCCCAAUUUGAGUGGAACACGAGAUGGGAACACCAAGAUAGAGUACAGUUAAUUACACACUUUAAGUGUUGUUAAACAAGAUGUUGCCAAUUGUUAAGUGUUAUGAUAAGAUGCUGUUUCUAGUUAAAUUUUAAAUUUAAAAGCUCUUCUCAUUUCAAGUGCAAUGAAUGUUGCCUAAAUUAAUCAAAACUGUUCCCAAUUGGAAACGUUCGCUGAAAAGCGCAAAACUGCAAUGCGAGUUUAAAAUGCUGUUCCCAAUUAUAAACUGUUCUUAUAAAGCUAGAUUGGCAGUUUUGAAAAACUGUUCCCUACUUGAAGCAAGUGCAAUGCAAGUCACAUGAAUUGUUCUCAGUUGCCAAGAUAUGAACAGUUAAACUAAGUACUCACUUAAUAUGCUGCUCACUAAACUGUUCCCAUGUUGCUGUUCCCAGUUAAAUGGAACACUGGGAAUUUGAAUAAAUUCAACAUGCAAAAUGAUUUUUCGGUCUUGCAUAGCAUUUGAAGUGAAAAUAGAAAAAAAAACUAGAUUUAAGCUUAAAUCGGAUGCCUUGAAAGCCAUUUACUAAAUUAUGUGACAAAUCGCACACAUACACACAUAUGCAUAUACAUAUACAUAAACAUAUACUAACACACACACACACAUGUGAGACUUUCCAUAAUGGCUGAAACAUUAUGAAUUGUGAUAAAAAAAAAAUGUUACAAAACAAACAAAAUGAGAAGAGAAGAGUAAAGAAGGGAGGAGAAGCGGAAA